AUGAGAGCAUUCAUCAAACUUCUAAUCCUCACAGUCUGCGCCUCCGCUGCUGCUUCGCCAAGCCGUGUGCUUGACGCAAGACAGGCUGUUGUGACGCCUGCUCCGUGUGAACCGAUUGUCCCUGCACCAUGCGAAGCAGUAGUCAAGAAAAGAUUCAACAAGUUCGCGAACGCGUUCAUCGUCAAAAAGAAUUUGACGGAAGCAUUCGAAUAUAUUUCUAGUACAUACAUUAACCAUAAUCCGUUCGCCGAUGAUGGUCCAAAUGCCGCACUUGACGUCCUUGGUCCAAUUUGGCCGUCUCUCAAUAUCACGGUCCUUCGCACUACGUUCAAGGGCAAUAUGGGCUGGUUGAACUACAACACUAGUGGUUUUGGUGAAGUCGUCGAUCGGUUCAGAUGGGAGGAUGGCUGCAUCGUUGAGCACUGGGAUCAAGGCGAAGUGUAUCCCACCAAGACCAAAAAUGGGUAA